CACACCGCAUCCCUCUCCCCUGUCUGUCUCCACCCGAGUCCAAGCAAAAUUCGCCAAAGUUUCCACGGCCCUGCACGCGCCGAAUAAUCCUUCCCCCGAUGCCGGUCGGACCCCUCUCUUUCGGUUUCAACUCCCACCACCUCGCCCACCCCCGUGACACUACCUAUGCGGUUGCAGUUGCGCAGCUCUGCCCACCCGCGCUUUCCCGGUUCCCUAAAACCGCUGCCCCCGUAGCCGCUUUUGACGAACCCAACCCCAUCACGCGCGCCGCCGCCGCCUCGAUUACGCUGCCACGGCGACUAGCAGGAUUCGGCGAAGAUGCGUAAGCUGAGCACUGGCCGCGGCGGAGGGGAGAGGGUCGGGAUGCUGUCCUUCGAGGUGGCCGCGCUCAUGUCGCGGGCCGCCAGCCUGUGGCGCGCGCUCGAGGAGGACCAGGUGGCGCGGCUCCGCGGGGAAGGCGUCCGGCUCGAGGGCGUGCGGCGGCUCGUGGCCGACGACGACAGCGCGCUGCUGGCCCUCGCGGUCGCGGAGAUGGCCGGCGCGUGCGGGGACAUAUCCUGCGCCGUCGCGCGGCUCGCCGGCCGGUGUGCCGACCCGCUGCUGCGCCGGUUCGACGAGCUCUUCUCAAGCCUUAUCGCCGGCGGCGCCAGCGCCGACUCGCACGGGCUGCGCUACGCGGCCGCCAAGAAGAUGGACCGCAAGGCGCGCAAGAUGCAGCGCCUCGUCGCCGCCACCGGCCUCCUGUGCCAGGAGAUCGACGUGCUUGCCGAGCUCGAGCAGGGCGCGCGCCUCCGCCGCGUGCAGUUCGCGCCCGGCGAGGCCGCGCGCCGCGUCGCCAGGCAGAGGCAGGAGGUCGACCGCCUCCGCGCGGCCUCUCUCUGGAACCGGAGCUUGGACUACGCCGUCCGUCUGCUUGGCAGAUCGCUCUUCACCAUCGUCGCGAGGAUCAUAGAUGUGUUCGACCUCCAGCCCAAGAAAAUCGCCAUGAACGAUUACUCCAUGGUGUCGCCCGCCGGUGCGCGGCUCUCAUUCUCCUGGAGCAACUCCUUCGUCGGUAGUACGAAUUCGCUGGUGUAUCCCUCGGAUUUCCCUGUGGAUGCUCCAAAGAGGUCGACGGUUGCUGCAAAUUCCGGUAAGGCCCCUAACGGCGACGUUCGCCGGUUCCUACUUUCCAGGAGCCAGAGUUUGAAGCAGCUCAAGUGGCCGGUGCGUGGCAAGCACCUCAUCGGCUGCAUGGUCAGCGGGAGCAAGUCUCCGACCAGGGAGGGGUGGGUCCACGGCGGCCAUGAUCUCCCACUGAGCUUCAGCUACGUCUCAUCCAACAACGACGAUUUCAGUGUCAGUUACCAGAGUGAUCGUCACAGCGCCAGCAGGAAGCUCUCCACUUCGGUGUUCGAGUGCUCGUCGCACGACGUGCUGGAAAACGCACCGGAGACGACCCUCGGCGCAGCCGCCCUGGCAUCGCACUACGCGAACCUCGUCGUCUUCGCCGAGAAGCUCGCCAUCUCGCCCCGGCACAUCUGCCCCGACGAGAGGGAUGCGCUGUACGGCAUGCUGACUGACAGUAUCCGGGCGUCCCUCCGAGCACGCCUAAGGCCGCCGUCGUCCGCCGCUCGCAAGAAGGGCACGCCCUGCGAUCGCGUCCUGGCCGCCGGAUGGGCUGACACGGUGCAGGGGAUCCUCGGAUGGCUAGCACCGGUCGCCCACAACACUGUGCGGUGGCGGUCCGAGAGGAGCUUCGAGCAGCGGAACGUCGGCUCCGGCACGAGCGUUCUGCUCCUGCAGACGCUGCACUUCGCUGACCGGGACAAGACCGAAGAUACCAUCAUCGAGCUGCUUGUUGGGCUGAAUUACCUGUGGAGAUACGGGACUCAGCUCUCCGCAAAGCCAAAAUUGGAGUCAGUGGGUGGCGAUGUUUACCAUGAUCGAGCUGAUUACAUAGGAUGACGACAUGUCAAUUACUCAAUCCGCAUAUCUGUCAUGUCAAGUGUCAGCCGAAUUGGAUGAUCUGAGGGUGUUUAUAUUAAGUAAAGGUGGCAUCUUUUGGGCGAAGAGAUUAGUCGCCUUGGUGAUUUUGCCCCUACUUAAUUCAUUUGCUAGAAUAGAAACAGGCAUCAUCAUCUGCAUCUGCAUCUUGUAAUUGAUGUGAUGUUUUGUCCAGUCAAGAGUAUUAUACUGGUGCACACAGCUAGGUGCUUUGAUGUAUACAAAUAAGAGAGGAAAAAUACUAGAUUUCCAGAAGUGUUUUGCCUAAUGUUUUUUUUAACGGUCAA